ACUCGCGUUGCGUUACGCUCGACGGAGUUUCAAAAACGCCGGUUAAGGACCUUAAUCGAGCUUCCCUAAUAUCCUCGAUCUCCCUCGCCCACUAAAAAGUUUUAUCCCUCAUAACUGGAGGGUGUUAUCGGAGGAUCGCCAUGUAUUUUUUAAACAGAAGUGUUAACACAGAAUUUCGGAUAAAGAUCCAGAGUAUACUUAUCGAGAGAUUAUAUCUUUGUCUCGAUUGCGCGGACGUUGUUCGGGACGAGAUUUUCAACGAAGGUCGGAGAGAAUAUAAAGAACAGAAAGGCGCAGAAGCAACUUGCAAUAUAACAAGGCCAGAUUAAAUCACUCACUGUGGAGGGGGCGGAUCAUCAUAAAAGACAUCGCCAUGUCACUAUUCUACCGGUUCCGGGGCAGGUGACUGAUGAAGAUGGAGUCGAGUUGACGAAGAUUGAACUGGAGCUCGAAGAAGCUCCAGAGGACAAGGAACAGCAGCAGGACAACCGGCUGCCUCCAAUUCUCGUUGGCUCGAUGCCGACGGAAUUGGAUUCCUCAGUCGAAGUAAAUUCCACUUAUUCGCAUGGUUUCCCAGGAUCGCCCGGAGCCGUCGUCGUCAGAGCCGAGGAGGCUCUGAUCGUCAUCUUCGUUCUGAUACUUUGGGUCGCCGCGAUAGCUCUGUUCUUCAAUCGUUGGGGUAAAAUUCGAAUGCUCGAGCCUUAUCAGCCAAAGUUUCAGCAGCAGCACAGACCGAGUUGCGCCGUCGCGGACACGACUUCGUUACCUUUGCGGACCUGCUCGAAAUUCAACAUCCAAUGUCUGGAGCAUCCGCUGCAUCAGUCCAUCCAGAUGGGUCAGCGUCCACGACAGAACAGCGUGUUCGUCGGUUCGAGCGUGUCUCUAUUAGCGAACGACCAGAGCACGCCGCGUCGUGCCAAAAGUGCUUUCGAUUUGCAGAGCCUCGUUCUUGCGGAGUGCACAGUACAAAAUAAUAAUCAAAGUAACGACGUGAGAAUGGAGGGGAAGGUGAAUGAGGAGGACGCGAUCGAUGAGACGGAGCCGGAAUAUUUGCCAUUCACAUUGGCUCAUAGCUCGAGCAACAGACGACUGAAGCCAUUCAACGAGUAUCCGAAACCCUCGCGAUCGUUUCAGCGAGAAAGAGGCGCCAGUAUGUGUCACUUUGAUCGUACGGACGUAAUUGCGAGACCUUUGCAACGGGAGCGGGGCAUGAGUAUUUGCCAGUUUGAUAGAAUGGACGUUCUCGCUAGGCCGCUGCAGCCGAGAGAUCGUGGAUCGAGUAUUUGUCACUUUGAUCGUAUGGACGUGCUCGCCCGGCCGUCCUGUUACCGAGGCAGUCGUUCCAGCAUCGCCGGGAACGUCGACAAGCUCGAAAACCUCGGUAAAAGUUUCCAACGCGAUAGUCGCACGAGCAUAAUAUUCAACAGUUCUAUCGACAAGUCACAGAUCGGUGGACUCGAGAAUAUUCAGCGUUUCGCGAACGCCAAUCGUCCCCGGGAUCCGAGAACGAACUUCCCCAUUCUCGACAGACCCGAGAACAUGAGCAGAUUUUUGCAGCGCAACAGCCGCGCCAGUCUCGGAAACAGCGAGAGACCUGGGAUCAGUGAAAAUCUUGGGAGAAACGAGCUUGCCGGACAGAGCGUCGGAAAUAUCGGCACCGCGAGCCCGAGGGAUCACAGAACUGGCAAUUUGUCGCCUUACGAUCGACCUUCCUGCAGCAAAACACCCGACGUCGUUCUCGGCUACGAGGCUACCUGCGUCUGAUUCGUUUCAUCGAUUUUUUAUCUCGUACUCGCGAUGCCUCGUAUCGCCUUGUUACGGGCAAUCGAAAUUGCGAACCUGGCCAACGAACCUUUUGUCAAAUUCAUCCGCCUCGUCGAAUUCGCUCCGUUUCAUUCGUCGCAUCUCGGACAUUCUCGGAACCAAGAGACAAAAACCUGAGAUUUCGUAGGGAAUUUCGCUCCUCUAUUUUCAAGCGUUAAACACCUUUUCCAUUAUUGUCUCCGCGUUCCAGUUUAUCCGGCAAUUAUUCCAGUCAAUUUAAGCCUAAACAUUACUCAAUUAUUCUCUUCGUGACGAACGAACUACGGAAAAGGCUCUUCCUGCGUCCUCAACGUCGGCCUUUUUGUCUCCUUUUUUUCCCAAUACUCGUCGAACUAUGUCCCAAGAGUGUCAACAUCAUUCCUCUUUCUGGCGAGUCUCCUCAGCCAACGAGAACAUCUCACAAAACUGAUGAUACCGAGGUCGAUCGAAUUCACGAUCCCCUAUCAGCAGCAGCCUCCGAAACGAUCCACGUCCUAGAACAACGAGAUAAAGUAAGCAGAUAGUGUAUUUUUUCUUGUUCACCUACCUUUCAGUCAGAGCCUCGAGAUAAUGUUGCCUAUAUUCUGAAUAACCUUAAGCGAGUAGAGUUCACCGAUUGAUUGAUUGAUUCGUCAAGGUAAACGUUCCCAUUAUUGAGACUGUCCGAGGUCUUGCGAAGCUCGAUUUUGUCCUUGCUGUCGCUUGGAAUUGAGCUUCGAUUCUUCUAUUUCAUGUCGUAUUUUGGACCUUUCAAAUGCGGAGCAGUUCGCGAGGUGUUUCUGCUCCGAAGCGAAUUUUCAAACGUCGUUAUUCAACCGGAUUGUCAUUGGAGCGACGAAUUCGUUUGGAUGAAAUAGUUAUGCAGUUUAUUCAUCAACCUUUUCCGACUAGAUUCCACCCUCGACUGAACGUUUUUUAUACAAAUUUAUUGAACGGAGUCUCUAGAGAACACAGAAACCGAUGGAACCGCGAUAUUUUAAUGGCGAUUGCGAAUUCCUUCGCCGUAGAAAUUCCUCGCGUACCUCGCUCGAUACCGCGAACGACUUUACUCGAUACCAGGUCGCUUCGCUUCGACGUAGAGAAAAAUAUGUAUUUUAUUUUACUGGCUUUGACACACACGACCUACGGCUGAGAUCCGACCUUCCUCGAGCCCCUUCGUCGAAUUCCAUUUCGACGGGAUCACCGGAAUAAUUUUCGAAGCUGUGCCAUUGACAGUCUCGACGAAGUACUAUGGAAUUAUUUUUUUAUUUAUUUGUCUGCCUACAAAAGAGAUUUUGUCUGCGAAAAUAUGAGAAAAGAUGCUCCUCAGUAUGGUUCAUGCGUCGUCGCGUUCCUCGAUAAUUUAACGUCGUCUAUUUCAGCAUCGUGAGUUUCUUCAAUGCUUGUACUCCCAAGCAUUUGUGAACGUCAAAAUAAUAUUCGAGGAGCUUUUUAUUCCAGGAUUCUUUUCUCUCGUGCUCUCUUUUCCAACGACAUUUCCGACGAUGCCUCUGGAUUGUUUCUCAUCCACAAAACCGUAGUCUGCUUUCCAUUUUGUUAACGAUAAUAAUAUUCUCGAACAUCGUUUCUCAGAAAUAUCGAGAAAGAAAUAAAAAUGCCGAAUCCUCUUUGUUGCUCCGGCGAGUAUUCGUGCUUCGAAAAUGGCCAGUCACGGUCGCUCGUUCGCAUCCCUAUUUAUUCGCAUCUUAAGCACUCUCGGUGUGAAAAAUCUUUCAGUGUAUGGGAAAAUAUAUUUUUGUAUUGCCCCGAAAAUCAUGAAUGAACAUUUUACAAUGGUAACUCAUGAAAAAAGAUCAAACUUCAUCGCGCAAUGAUGAAUUAAAUGCCUCAGACCUUUGACCUUCUUUCAGAUAAAGAAAUUCAUUCGAUUCCAUGUGAAACUCGAGCCCAGGCCCAUCAAUUAUAUUAAUCGAUACCCCCUAAGUCCAUUAUCCGCGAUCACUUUUUUCUUCACUGAUACUUCUCUCUAAAAAUACUCGGAAAAAUAUAUAAAGUUACGUAAAUUUUCAUACAAGAAAAAUAACUCUCCAUUUUCCUCUAAUUAUGUCUCCCCGCGCACUCCGGAAACAUUAAUAGAUAAUAAAAAGCAAAUCUCUCUCUCUGUCGUUCUCUCUACACUGGAACUUUGCAUAUCUGAUCGUGAUCAAAGUCAAAUAAAACUAAAAUGUGAAUCCAUCGUCCAAAAGAAAUAUAAAAUUCCACGCUGAAUCGACUUUUCCAAUGAAAAUUCGUCAUCGAUUGAAGAGCACUCGAAUAACACGCCCGUGUCAAAAAUCUCGAAGAUAUUAUUCAGAGCUGUGCAACUCGUGCUCGACUCGAAAAAGCUGCUCGAAUAAAAGGGAAAAACUCGGAAAAAGACGUUGAAAAGACCGACGGCGUGCUAUGAAGAUUAUUCACACUGUCAACGACAGACGGAGGCUUUUUUAAAAUAGUUCGGAUUAAUGUGAAAUACCUCACACAUAAGUGUAUACACUCGUACGAUACAAUGACGUAUCAUAAAGUUAAUCUAAUCGUUACUUGAUGCAGAUUUAUCGAAAGUAAUGUCCGAUAUUUUCGAAGGGCCUAAGUAUUUUUUUACAUCUUUGAGAGAAUUGAGCAAAUACAAAAUCAAAAGGAAAAAAUAAACGAUAAACGAAGCAAAUCUGUGCGGUGAUAGUCUGUAACUCUACGAUCGCUUCUAACAGAAAUACAAGAAUGAAAUAAAAAAAUUUUGGGGAGAGAAUAGUUGGAAAGAGGCUUGAAUCUUCUCGCUGUAACCGAGCUCACGAUUAGUCAUCGAAUUUUUCAUUAAACGUGUUUUUUCAAAGUCACUUAGUCGAGAUGUCCGUUAAAUUAUACCUUUGCAUUGACGAGAUGUAUAUCAAGUGUAAAUAAUGAAAUUAAUUACCGUUUUAAUCAUUCCAAAGUGUACAAACUCCCAACCUUUCCUCCUCAAAAGAAAUGAAAAAAUAUGAGAAUAAACAACGACGGAGUUGACCUCGCUCGAGUGAGCCCUGGAGUCGGACUCGCUACGAGAAAUCCCUUUGAAAUGUCCUAUAUUACUUUCAAAUUAGUACUGCUAUAUGAAAAACAUAAUGUAAGUAGAAAACAGAGUUUUAGAGUUGGACGCUUUGCUCCAUUUUAAUUGAAGCAGAAAUAUUCGAAGCCAAGAAGUGUUUGAUGAGAAAUUACGUAAAUUGAGUUUGACAAGCGAUCGAGUCUCGAGUUGUUUAUCAUUUUUCUGGUGUCAGGCGAUGAGACGAUGACGAAGUCGAAGUUCGCCUCGUCGAUCGCGCACCAAAAUUUCUCGUCCUUCGCAACGCCAGAGUCUUCAUUUUUCCAACCGACUUUUUCUAGAGCGUGAUGAUAACGAAUCUGCAAAAAAAAAUGUAGGAAGAUCGAAGGAUUAUCGAAAAGCUCCAACGCUGCAGAGCGUCGAGUGAGCAUGAAACAAAAUUCACACAUGAAAAAUUCAUGGAAGCAAAAUAUUUGGUAACAGCGUGUUUCUAGCGCAGCGCAGAGUCACUUAUAUUUUGGUUUUCGCUGCCUCGUUCUUAUCCAAGUUUCAUUUUUUUCAUACGAGUCUAUCCCUUCGGUAGGUCUUUCCAUUAGCACGCACAUUGACGAGAAAGUUGGCCCACUCGUUUCAGGCAUAUUCGCAACGAUCGACGAAAGCGUUGAAAAAACAUAAGAGAAGAAAUGUGCGCGUUCGAGGGAAAAGCUCUGUGAGACCAAGCGUUUUUAGACUGUCUAUCGAUGAAAAAUAAAUCAAAUCCGUCUAUCUAUAGAUAUUGAUACAUAUGUGAACGUGAUUAUAUUCCUACGGAUUUUAGCGAAGUUUUACUAAAACUCUUGGUAACCACGGGACCUUGUAUUGUUGUAAAUUAAUCGAAAUAUUUCAUGAUAGUGCUCUUAGUUCGUAGACCAACCAAGAAUGAUGGCUGUUGACAUAUAAUUAGACCAAAAAACAAAACGUUCGUUCAUUUUUUCACAAGACAAUGUUUCAUUAUUUAUCAUUCGUUUUCACUUAACUCGUCACGUUGUUUUUCGAUUUUCAUGAAAAAUUUAAUAGUCAUUCAUAAAACUCGUGCGCCUGUCUAAUGGACCAGAAAUCGAGAGUUUAACUUCGACUGAGAGAAACUCACGCGACGUUGAACGAUUGAUACAAAAAUGUAACGAUCUGUAGGAAUUUUAGGACGUAGAGUACGUUGGACGUUGGUCUCUUUCGUGAAUUUUUGUCAAUAUUCUGCGACCAAUCAGACAACAUUCUGACAUUCUGAGAAUCAUAAUAAGAUAUAUUUAGGUUAUUAUGAUUGAGAGAAAAAACCUACUUAGCGAUAACGAUAAUAUUAAUUGUAAUAAUUAUUAACGAGAUAUACGAAACUGUGAAAUUGCCAAAUUAUUUAUACAAUUAUUUAUGUGUAUAUAAUAUAAAAAAUACUAUUUCGUCGCUGAAAUCAUCGCGAUAUGUACGCUGUGUAUUUAUUUGCCCAAGAAUAAAGAAUCGCUCGUGAA